CUGGUUAGCUCAGCGAGUAUUGAUGCUGUCAUGAGUUCGAAUCCAGGGCAUGCUGAGUGACUCCAGCCAGGUCUCCUAAGCAACCAAAUUGGCCCGGUUGCUAGGGAGGGUAGAGUCACAUGGGGUAACCUCCUCGUGGUCGUGAUUAGUGGUUCUCGCUCUCAAUGGUGCGUGUGGUAAGUUGUGUGUGGAUCGUGGAGAGUAGCAUGAGCCUCCACAUGCUGUGAGUCUCCGUGGUGUCAUGCACAACAUGUCACGUGAUAAGAUGCGUGGAUUGACGGUCUCGGAAGCGGAGGCAACUGAGACCUGUCCUCCGCCACCCGGAUUGAGGCGAGUAACCGCGCCACCACGAGGACUUACUAAGUAGUGGGAAUUGGGCAUUCCAAAUUGAGAGAAAAGCAUAUAAAAAAAUUAAAAAAAAGACUUGGAGUAUCACAUUUAGCACUAGAUGGGUCAAGUUUGUCUAGAUGUUGCACUGACAAAGCGUUGUCUAAAGUUUAAACUAGUUUUAUAACAUUACCAUAAGACAAACAGCCAGCUAGACAGACAGCAACUUAAAGCAGUUCAAUGGCAUUUUGUGGGUUUGUUAAAAUGUGAAUUUUUUAAUUAAAGGAAUAUUCCUGGUUCAAUAUAAAUUACGCUUAAUUGACAGCUUUAGUGGCAUAAUGAUUACCACAAAAAUGUAUUGUCCUAUACAAAAAGCUAAAAUGUGUGUUCCAGUGAGACACUUAAAGUAGAAGUUAAUGGGGGGCCAAUCCGUAAACAUUAAAAUACUCACUGUUUCAAGAGUAUAGACAAGACAUAAUAUGUGUGUGUUAACAUGAUUUUACUGUGAUAAAAUCACAAACUUACGUUUCUGUAUAAAGUUAUUGCCAAUUGUACAACUUCAUUGCCAUGACGAUGUAAUAUCAUCAAACCCUAAAAUGACUGUAAAAAUGACUAAUUAAAAAAACUUUACAGCUGAAAUAAUACAUGAGUUUUAACAGAGGAAUUAAUGUAAGAGCUUUUAUAAAAUGAUAAGUUUCACAUUUCUGCCUUUAAACUCUCCAAAAAUUCGUUAAGCCAACAUAAUACAUUUUAAACCAUGACCGUGUAUCAGUUCAAAGGCACCCGAAUGAAAAGAUACAGACUUAACUCAAUGAGGCUUGCCAUAAUACUUGGAUGAGCGCUUGUGGGAACUCCGAGACAACAGAUGGCACUAAUGAGCAGUUCACUUCAAAAUAUCCACUGAAGGAAUUUAGUGUUUUUACAUUUACAGUUGUUUGAGGGAUCCUGGGUUUCUCGUGUUUUCAUCGCUUUAGAUAAACUAUGAUUUAAAAAUUAAAUGUUCUUCUCUUCGCUUAUCUGCUCUCACCGUAAUUGACGCUCUGUUAAUAGACUCAUGGCGUUUCCUCUGCCGCGUCCUCCGGGUCUUCAGCUGCCGCGGCAUCUUCUGCGGACUGUAGACUGUCAGCAGGGCGCUGUGAGAGCUGUGCGCUUCAACGCCGAUGGGAAUUAUCUGUUGACGUGUGGUGGGGAUAAAUCUCUGAAGCUGUGGAGUGUCAGUCGUGGGACUCUACUGAAGACUUACACCGGUCACGGAUAUGAGGUGCUGGAUGCGGAUGGCUCUUUUGACAACAGUCAGCUGUGCUCGUGCAGUUCGGAUAAGACUGUCAUUCUCUGGGAUGUGGCGACUGGGCAGGUGACACGCAAACUCCGUGGACACGCUGGGAAAGUGAACUGUGUGCAGUUUAAUGAAGAGGCUACUGUAGUGCUGUCAGGCUCCAUUGAUGGUACAGUACGUUGUUGGGAUACUAGAUCCAGACGGAUGGAGCCAAUUCAGAUUCUGGAUGAGGCUCGAGAUGGCAUCAGCAGUCUGAAGGUGUCUGAGCAUGAGCUAUUGACCGGGUCUGUUGAUGGCAGAGUGAGGCGUUAUGACCUAAGAAUGGGGCAACUUCAUGUCGAUUUCAUUGGAAGUCCUAUCACUUGUGUGUGUUUCAGUCGGGACGGGCAGUGCACCCUAAGCUCCUGUUUGGACUCCACUGUGCGUCUGCUGGACAAAAGCUCAGGAGAAAUGCUAGGAGAGUACACUGGCCAUGUAAAUAAAGGCUAUAAGCUUGACUGCUGUUUGUCUGAAAAAGAUACACAUGUAUUAAGCUGUUCAGAGGAUGGCCAUGUUUACUACUGGGAUCUGGUGGAGGGUUCCUUGACUUUAAAGUUGCCUGUUGGGAAAGCUGUCGUCCAGUCACUGUCCUUUCACCCAACGGAGCCCCUACUUUUGACUGCUAUGGAGGGACGUGUUCAAGUAUGGGGGGCAGAGUCAGAUGAAGAGGCCGUGGAAGAUGUCAAACAGAGUUGAAUACCAAACACAAGCGCAGGACUCACUUUAAUGAGAACAAAUAUGAAUCAUUAUUUUGUCGGAGCUGGGAUUGUAUUAAUUUUGUUUUGUACGCUAAAACUAACAGAUAAUAAAGUGUUUCUUAAAAAUAA